UCCGUUAUUCAGCGAAACGUCAGCAAGAUGUCAGCGCAGUGCUAAAACUCAUUCCAUAUUUUAGCUCGCUUGCAGCGCCAUCUCAAAACGCUUACAAAAUUUCGUUAGCGAGGUUGAGAAGCGCUAGCUGUUUGCUAAGACAACGAGCGAAGAUGGCGGCACCAUGUUUGACUGUUUUAAUUGAACUAAAUAAUCGAAAUUUUCUUUUAAAUAUUGAUGAAAAAACUUAUGAAAGUUUUCGAACAGGAACAGCACCCAAUAUCAAAAAUUAUUUUAAAGAACUUCAGAAGACAUUCAGUGCUGCUGACUUAGGCUUACCUGAAGGCACAGAUAUUCUGAAUUGGAGACAAAUAAAGUUAUGGAAAGUAUUUUCUGAAAAUAAUGGAACUUUUGAAUGUGGAGAACAAAUUCUCAUUAUUGAUGACAACCAUACUGAACUUCAAGAAAACCCUGUUGUGGUCGGCUCUCCAGAUCCUUCAAAAAGCAUACAUAAUAAAAGUAAAGGUAAUUGUGAUGUGUAUACAUGAUUUCAAAUAUUUACCAAA